GAGAGAGAGCGAGAGAAAGAGAGAGAGAGAGAGCGAGCGAGAGGAGAAAAAACUCAGGAGCGCACUGCCCGUCUGUCACCGCGCACUGCUAGAAAAAUAUGAUUCCGAGAAGAGCGGCUCCUGCGCUUCAACCAAUAAGACAACAUCUCCACUGCGACUAAUUUCAGUGUGAAAAUCACUGAGCAUCGCUGAGUGCGCUCCUCGCUCAACUAUUCUCCCCCUCCACCCCCCCUCCACGCGCGUCCUCUUCUUCUGCGCUGGAUCUUUCGUGCCAGAAAAUGUGCGUGGAGAGCGAUGGAUGCGAGAUCGAGGGGUGCAGCAGUUCGGAUGAGGUGCGCACGCUGUCGGGCAGCAUGAGUCCCGGACUGAAAUCCAACCCGGACCUUCACCCCUGCAAGCCGGGACAGAAAUUCCGCGCCGCGCUGCUCAGAUGCCGCUCACCGGCCGCCGCCGCCGGGAUCCUCAGUUUUGGAAACGUCCUCAAUUACAUGGAUAGAUACACUGUAGCCGGUGUCCUGCUUGACAUCCAGCGGCACUAUGAUGUAUCAGACAGCGGUAUCGGCUUGUUGCAAACCGUCUUCAUCUGUAGCUUCAUGGUGGCAGCUCCCAUCUUCGGUUACCUGGGCGACCGCUUCAACAGAAAGGUCAUCCUGAGCUGUGGCAUUUUCUUCUGGUCCAUUGUUACCCUGUCGAGCUCCUUCAUCGGUAAAGAGUACUACUGGCUGUUCGUGCUCUCCAGAGGACUGGUGGGGAUCGGAGAGUCCAGCUACUCCUCCAUCUCCCCCACCAUCAUCGGGGACCUGUUCACUAAUAACAGCCGCACCAUGAUGCUCUCCGUCUUCUACCUGGCCAUCCCCCUCGGAAGUGGGCUCGGUUACAUCCUGGGCUCCAGCGCCAAGGUGGCUGCAGGAGACUGGCACUGGGCACUGAGGGUGUCCCCGCUCCUCGGCAUCACGGCAGGGACCCUGAUCCUGCUGUUCGUGCCCGAGCCCAAGAGGGGCAGCGCCGACCAGAUGGGAGGACGCAUCAAGACCCGCACCUCCUGGCUCUGUGACAUGAAAGCACUCGCUAAGAACCGGAGCUACGUUUUCUCCUCCCUGGCGUCGGCUGCAGUGUCCUUCGCCACAGGUGCGUUCGGGAUGUGGAUUCCUCUGUACCUGGCCCGAGCGCAGGUGGUGCAGAAGACAGUGGAGCCCUGCACUAAAGAGAUCUGCAGCAGCACGGACAGCCUAAUCUUCGGGGCGAUCACCUGUGUGACGGGCCUCCUGGGAGUGGUCAUCGGGGCCGCCACCACUCGGCUCUGCCGCCAGAAGACGGAACGGGCCGACCCGCUGGUGUGCGCCGUCAGCAUGCUGGGCUCGGCCAUCUUCAUCUGCCUCAUCUUCGUGGUGGCCAAGAAGAGCAUCGUCGGCGCUUACGUUUGCAUCUUCAUCGGAGAGACUCUGCUUUUCCUGAACUGGGCCAUAACGGCAGACAUUUUAAUGUUUGUUGUUAUUCCCACGCGGAGAGCCACGGCGGUCGCCUUUCAGAGCUUCACCUCGCAUCUCCUGGGUGACGCUGGGAGCCCCUACCUGAUCGGCCUGAUCUCCGACGCCCUUCAGCAGAGCUACGCUACAUCAGCACUGUGGCGGUUCCUCAGCUUGGGCUAUGCCCUCAUGCUGUGUCCCUUCAUCAUCGUCCUGGGGGGCAUGUUUUUCCUGGCCACUGCGCUGUUUUUCCUGGACGACAGGGACAAAGCCGAGAAACAGUUGAGCCAGCUGUCACGGCCGCCCUCCUCGGUGAAGGUAUGACCAGGUGUCCAGCGAUCGAGGUGCACAACCAAAUUAAGCAAGGGCGGCGAUAAAAAGCAAAGGCAGCAUCUUCAAACCAUGUCCUUCCAUUUGUCCGUGCUGCGACUGUCCUGCGACGGCCCCUCCGGGCCCCCCCGCUGCUCUUGCUUUUUCACGCCCUCUCGGAGGUCGCUCAGAACUGGAACGAGGGGGCGUCUUGCCCCCUCCCUGAACCCGCCUCGAAAUUACAGAGCCGGCCGGCCGGCGCUCAGCUUGCGCGCCGCGCCCGAGACGGCCUCCAAAUAGCUAGUGUCCUCCUCACCUCCGUCCGCGAGGAUCCACUCAACCUUCCAGGGGGGACCUGGACCCCUCCCAGUCCUGUUGCCAUACUACUGAAUGCUGACCAUGAACCUGCCCUGUCUGUCUGUCUGUCUGUCCGUCAGCCUGCCUGUCUGUCCACGGGCUCGUCUCUGUCUCUGUCCGUCUCUCAGCAUCUGUCAAUCUGCACCAAGUGCCAUAGCAUCAUUACAUUCCUUUAGAUUUUGCACUGACCACUAACAAUCCUCAUGACUUCACCUCAGGCUGUGUUUACACGCACCCCAACAUGAGCCGGUAGGUUUAUCAAGCUGUAGGUUGAUUUUUGUUUUUGUGCUGGAAACUGGAAGCUGCAUCACUUUCAAACUGCUCUGUUGUUGGAUCACAGAUCUUCUUCACCUGUAAAAAUCAGGCCGUGAUGCAACGACAGCGAAGCGUGCUGCAGGAAUUUCUCCGGCAGGUUCAUGCGUUUGAUCAGGCCCGACGCUCGGGGGACAGUAUUACCAACCCAAACCGAACACUGACAGUGCUGACAUGAUGAGUGCAGUAUUCUCAUAAUCACAGUUUUGCGGUGCGUGUAAACAUAGCGUACAACCAAGAGCCAAAAAAGUGUUACUGUUUAAAGGUCAGUGAAUCCGCCUUAAGAUUUGGAGCGUUCACAUGCACACAGAUGUUUCCUUCGCCCUCCCCACCCCACAUGUGUUUAUAUUUUUAGCUUUCAGCACUUAAAUCAGUGGAGGCAGUGUCAGAGAAGAUGACAGAGAUUUCUGCACAUUAUUUUCUGUUUUUGUUUUGUUUGUUUCCUUCUUUUUUGUCUGUGUGUUUGUUGGAUUUGAAACUGGAGGUUGUUGCCGAUGAUUGUUUCAGAAGGACGAUGACACAAUCCGGGCAAUUUUAAAGUGGACACUGGAGUUUUUAAUUUAUUCUACUCAUGCUUUUUUUUUUUUUUUUCCAAAAGUUAAUGAUAUGCUACUCUUGGCUUCAAAAGAGUAACACCCGUGUGUGUUGAUUUUUUAUUUUCUGUACGUGAGAAGCAAUACAAGAGAAUUCAGAGGAAAGCUUUCUCUUUCCUCCACACUGCCUUAUCAGUGAGCUCGGCUUCCUGCGAUGGGGGCCGGCUCGUUGAUGGUUGGUUUUGAAUUUCUGGACACAAUACCCACACAGAGACAGGACUCACUUUUAAUGAUGGAUUCCAGUCCGGUCGGUCCUCACUGGUUACAAUACCAUGCAUUGUGGAAAGAGACCUUUCCCCCCUGGCCCUCGCUACCGUAGAUAUCCCAUUCCACCAUCAGAGGAAAGGAGCUCUGAAAGGAGCUCAAGAUGCAGCCGUCAGUUUGUUAGUGAGGGGCAAUCAAAAUCCCAGACAGGAAGAGGAAAUCCUUCAGCCUCAGGUUAGACUGAUGGCCAGUUCUCAUCGUUGAUAAGCGAGGAAUCCACCUUUGAAAGCUCAGAUGUUACCGCCACGGCUGGGACACGAUUCCCUUCAUACACGCACCAGAAAAUAAGAUUUACACAUAAGUAUUCAUUAAACAAGGAUUUGAACUUAUCUCUCUAUGCAUUAAUUACAGCGGUGUAUUGUAAUUAUGCAAAUGAAGUGCAAUCUCCCACACGAACAAGGAAAAUGCAGCGAGGAAAGCUGCUGUAAAGCUUCAUUUACAUACAAAGAGUUCCUGAAGGUUUUUUUUUUAAGAGAGUAACCCGGUGAAUCCAAUUUCACUCAAACCUUGAAGCCACUUAAUGGAUUCAAAGGUUUAUAAAGAAAAUAUGUGCAUGAAAGGGAAAAAAAAAGCACUUUGCAGACCUCCAAGAAAACCCAUGAGGAGGAGGAGGAGGAGGAGGAUGGAGUGACCUCAGCAGAGGAAUAGAAGGAGCCGUGGAGGUGCUUCUCGUAGCAGAGGUGUGUGAGCGUGACUCACUGGCGGCGUGUGUGUGGGGUGCUGUGUGGGCCGUGUCCUUGUUGCCAGAUCAUUAGCUUUAGCUUCUCUCCAACUGCGUGGAGCUCUCUGAAUGUGAUUCUGUCCAACCUGACGUGUUUACACACCUUCAUCUACUUAAUGAAACUAAGCUUCUUACCUUCCUUUUAUCAAUUUUGUUUUUUUAAUGUUACCAAAUGACUUUUUUUUUUUAAUAACUACAGUAGAAAGAUGAAUAUAUAAAUAUAUAUAGCUAUAUCACGCAGCAACUUUAAUAUAUUGUAAAUGAUGGCUUGGAUGCAAUGUAUUUAUUUGUUUGUUAUCAUAAUGAAGAAUAAUCUGCAAAGGGAAGUUUAAAGGUUUCAGUAUACUACACUUUGUCGUUGUCGGGUUUUGAAAUGUUGAGUUGUUCAUCCUUUUGUAUCACAAUGAAACAACACAAUACCUUUUUACAUCACUAAAAUUCGUCCUCUUUACUGUGACCAUGAAUUGGACAUCACUCACUCACACAUACACACACACAUACACACACACACCAAGGAAAUGCAAAUGUGAUUGUUUGAAGACAACCUUUUGGUUUCAUUGAUACUUUUGCAUUCAGUUUUGUAGCUCUUGUAUGCAUUUUUAUUUCUCUUUUUUUUUUGUUUGUUUGUUUUUAAAAUAACUGAUCAAAACCAUUUUGCACACUUAAUGUUCAGGGAUUUAUUUGAACCACAGCCUAGCAUCAACUUCACGGAGCCUCUGCCACGGAGGUCUGUCUCUUCAUGCUCACAGUAAGCGCCGACGCGCAGUCAUCCUCUGUCACGAGAAGGGGCGUGGGCUCUGGUCAGAUGGGUCAUGAAUCGAGUUUUCACUUUGCCAAAUUGAGUUGAUUUAGCACCAAUCCUUUAGCCUGUUGUAUUGAGUAGUUCUGUGUUAAUACUCACUGAAGUGAUGUAUUGAGAAUGUGCUAUUUCUUGUCAUACAAGAAUCUUGUAUAAAGAAACCUAUUUCUGAUGUUUGAGCAGAAAACAGAGGUUAUUUUUUAUUUUUAGAAGUAAGUCAAUACAGGAAAAGUGUCUGAGAAAUCAAAGGAUAUUAUUCUAGAACUGAACUGUGAUGCUCCCAGUGGGGGGGUUGAUAGAAAAUGUACAUGUCUGUAAAUCAAAUAAACCUAUUUAAUCACUUCA